AUGAAAAUGGCGCCCAAGCGAAUAAGCGUGCGCACGCGCCAAACGAAACUCGGCUUCUCCCCCGCCUCAAAAUCCCGGCCUGCGAACCCAACGCCUACCAACGCCAUGCGGUCCAAGGAGAGCAGACAGCCCAAGCUCGACGUCAACCGCAUCGCACCGAAAGGCGCGCCAAAGCGGGCGCGCACCCUCGACUCCGACUCCAGCGAGGACGAGCUGCAAGUCCAGGAAAAAACGAACCUGCACGUCGGCGUGCCGGUCCGGGCGAAGAGCAAUGGCACGUUUGGCAGCUCGGAUGUGGAUAGUGCCGAGGAGAGCAGUUCGGAGGCGCAGAGCGAGGCGGAGAAGCCGGCACAGGCCAAGGCGACGAGAAGCAAUCGCAAGCGCCAGCGCGCGGAGAGCAGCGGUGACGAAGACACGGUCACGGUCGUGCAGAGGAAGCGCGCGCGCCAGGCUGAGUCGGGGGACGAGGAUGAGCUGCGCGUCCCCAGCAAGCGGAGGAGGGGAGAGCGGCGAGCUGCGACGCCGCUGGAGAGCGAGGAGGACGUGGCCACGCCUCCGCGGAGCACGCGACGUAGACUUGCUAGGCGGCCUGCGACGCCGGAGGGAGAGCAAACACCACCGCCGAGUACGAGGCGGAGGGCGAGGAGGCAGCGGGCGUCUUCAGAUGAGGAAGAGGAGGGCGAAGAGCAGGACGAAGACAGCGGUGGUGAGCACGAAGAGCUGCAGGAGGAGUUGGCUUUCUUGAGAUCGUCACCACCGCCGGACAGGGGCAGGCUGCGAAGCACCCAGGGCAAGCCCAAGAACAAGCGGCAGGAGGCGCUGGAAGCUCUCAAGAGACGACGGGCCGGCAGCACGCAGGAGCCCUCGUCCACGCCCGCCCGCAAGACACGCACGGUCAUCGACUCCGACUCCGACUCUGAGCUCGAGGUCAUCAAGGAGGAGCCGGACAGCGAUGAGGUGGGCGACCCUGAGAGUGAGGCUGAGGACGAUGAAGAAGAAGACGACCGAGACGCGAACGCGCUGGACAUGUUCCAGGAAGACGAGGACGACACGGGCUUCAUCGACGACGAUCCGGACGCCAUCAUCGGCGAGCCAGACGACGGCCAGCCGCAGCUCCCCAUGCAGUUCAGCAGCAUGUCGCGCGCCAAGCCCAAGGAGCUGUUCAAAUACGCCGUCGAGUGGAUGGUCAUGAAGAAGAUCCACCCAGCCUUCAACCCGCACGACGAAAUCUACGAACUCACCUUCCGCAAGCUCGGCGACGAAGUAAAAGGCCUCGCAUCCUCCAAGUUCACGUCCUCGGCCUGGACCCCCGACUUCACCAGAGCCAUCAACGCGCGGCCUUUUCUUGCCGUCAGCGAAAUCGCCGGCGCCCGUCGCGAAUUCCUCGCCGACCACUGCGAAGCAUGCAACCGCAGAAACCACCCUGCCUCGUUUGAGCUCGCGCUCACAGGGCAGCCCUACAACCCCGACACGCUGGAGCCGCUGGAGCCCGACUCCUCCGACUCCGGCUCCGACUCCGACUCCGACUCCGACUCCUCUUCACUAAGCGCCUCCACCUCCCCCCAUCCCAUCAGCACGUCCCGCACCCACGACGCACGAGGCGACCGCAUCCCCCCGGAGAGCAAAACCUUCACACUCGGCAGCACCUGCAGCGCCAACGCGCAAGUCGCACACACGCUGCACCACUGGCGCUUCCACCUCAACGACUGGGUGCGCGACUACCUGUCCACCAACGGCUACCUCGCGCCCGAGAAGCUGAUCAAACGCGAUCGCAAGAGCGACGCCAAGCGCGCGGCCGAGGCGAGGCGCAUUGUGGAUAAAAUGGAGCGCAAGGGCGAGAUUGCGAAGCUGCAUCGCCAGUACAAGGACCAGGUCAAGUUUGCCGUCGAGGCGGUCAACGACUUCGAGAGAGGGUGGGGGAGGCGGUGA